GCAGCAGUUGCGUGAUCAGUGUUUACAUGCAGCACAUGGAGCAGAGCGGUGUUAAACCAGCGGGUUUAUAAAGUUUUACAGCGUUUUCAGAUCUGUUCUGUAAUUAAAAAAGUAUUUAAGAUGACCCCUCGAAACCUCUCCCGCCUCUUGGUGAAAAUGAGGAGAAUAUGGUACAGCCAAACCUGCGUUUCGCUUGCUGGCUUUCCAUCAUAUCGUAUUCAAACAGCAUGGUUGUCUACGAAGAGCCUACGCCAUCUCCACAACGAGAGGAACAUUCUCCUGAUGGGUCCUCCUGGUGCAGGGAAGACCUCCGUUGGUCGCAUUUUGGCUCAAAAGCUGGACAUGCCCCUGGUGGACAUAGAUGACGAUGUUCUGGAGAGGACCUGGGGGAUGCCUGUGGCUGAUAAGCUGGCUGAAGUUGGAGGGGAGAGGUUUUUGGAGGAAGAAGGCCAGGUGGUGUGUAACUUCACUGCUUCUGCAUGCGUGAUCUCGCUAACUGGCUCAAAUCCGCUCCAUUCGGACGCUAUGCUACACCUGAAACGUUCAGGACUUGCUGUGUACCUGGACGUGGACUCGGGCGAUAUAAUCGAGAGGCUGUCCAGAAUGAAGGUGAACAGGAUCGUAGGGCAGGGUGAUGGCGUCUCCAUGAGAGACAUUUUAAAGUACAGGAAGCAGUUUUACGAGAAGUGGCUAGAUACGAGAGUGUUCUGCGGUCGAGGGGACGAUGUUGAGGUAGUGACUGAAAAAGUCCUGAAGGUUCUAGAGAGAUUUCAUAGCUCUAAUUCUGAGACUUUUACCACAACGAGGAAAAAUGAUGCGAUUGGUGACCCAAAGUUCUUUAGUGACGUUGUUGUGGAAGGACUUGCUCCGGAUGGAGGCCUCUACGUACCUGCUAAAGGCUUUCCGAAGUUAGAAGCUUCUGAAUGGAUCCGACUUGCAGAUGCGUCAUAUUCCGAGCGUGCUCUGAUCAUAUUGGAGAAGUGCAUACAUCCUGUGGAUGUCUCUCCUUUAGAACUUCGCUCCAUGGUUGAUCAAGCCUACGGGAAGAACUUUGCCAGCGAAUUUGUCGCACCUGUGAAACAUCUGCUUGAGGAUCAGUACGUGUUGGAGCUCUUCCAUGGACCGACUGCAUCCUUUAAAGACCUCGCCUUGCAGUUGAUGCCACAGCUGUUUGCUCAUUGCCUUCCACAGAUGUGCAACUACCUGAUUCUGGUGGCAACAUCUGGAGAUACAGGGAGCGCUGUCCUCAGCGGGUUUAGCCGCCUCAAGGAGAGCGACCGGGAGCGCGUUGGGUUGUUGGUGUUCUUCCCAGAAGACGGAGUGAGCCACAUCCAAAAGCUGCAGAUGACCGGCUUCAAAGAGGGAAACGCUCGAUCGAUAAGCGUCUUAUCUGACUUUGACUUCUGCCAGAGGAGCAUCAAGAGGAUGUUUGGAGACUCAAGCCUGGUAGGUCACUUGGCGGUUGAGUACGCUGCCGUUCUGAGCACUGCCAAUUCCAUCAACUGGGCACGCCUGCUUCCGCAGGUUGUCUACCACUGCUCGGCGUACUUGGAUCUUCUCAAAAGUGGAACGAUUGGCUUUGGGGACCAAAUUGAUGUGUGUAUACCUACUGGGAACUUCGGGAACGCCAUGUCUGCAGUCUACGCCAAACAAAUGGGCAUCCCGAUACGUAAAAUCAUUUGCGCGUCCAACCAGAACUGCGUAAUCUCUGACUUCAUCUCAACCGGACGGUACGAUCUCCGCGGUAGGAAGCUCAUAGUGUCAAAUUCUCCUGCGAUUGACAUCCUCAAGUCUUCAAAUCUCGAGAGGUUCAUAUAUCACGCCUCUGGUGGUGAUGGAGGUCUUGUUCGGGAUUUGUUUCAAAGUCUCGAGAAGCAGCAGUGCUUCAGAGUGUCUGAGAAUCUGCUAAAGACGAUGCGUCAGGAAGUCCAUGGUGGUUGGUGCUCGGAGGAAGACUGUCUGGCCACCAUUCAUAAGGUAUACUCUAAAACAGGCUACAUAAUGGACACCCACACUGCUGUAGCCAAAGCAGUAGCUGACCGGGUGCACGACAGGACGUGCCCUCUUGUGUUAUGCUCCACGGCGCACCACGGAAAGUUCGCCCCGGCUGUUCUUAAAGCUCUUCGCAGCCCCAACGUACCAGAUCAUCCUCUGGAGCAGCUGAAGGCGCUGUCUUCUUUCGGGGGACCUGAGCAGAUGCAUGAAGCUCUGUACAAGAGCCUGCAGGAGGCCGCGUGUCAACCACACACCGUGUGCCAGCCUGAUUUCGAAGUGCUCACGGAUGAAGUUGAGGCGAUGAUCCAGGACUGCUUCCUGAAAGCCAGGUGACUUCACACCAGGAGUUGAAAUGCCUUCAUGCCACAUUCCACAAUGUGCCUCCUCCAGAGAUUUGGUCAACAUAGUGAUGGACCUCCAGUUUUGCUGUGUGAAGAAGAAUCCCGACGUGCCAUCGCUCCCUAAUCCAGUCCAGACCGUCCAGCCUGAUCAUCACGCGAGUCUAGAUUGUUCAUCACGCGAGUCCAGCCUGAUCAUCACACGAGUCUAGACUGUUCAUCACGCGAGGGACCAGACUGAUCAUUACGAGAGUCCAGACCAUCCAGACUGUUCAUCACGCAAGUCUAGACUGAUCAUCACGCGAGUCUGGAAUGAUCAUCACGAGAGUCCAGGCAGGAGCAGGAGCAGAAGAAGGAAACGCUGUAUGUACAGGUAACACUCAGAUAUUAAGAGACUAAAAUGAUAUUUGAGUAACAUUUAUACACACCGAUCUGACGAGACUGGGGGGGGGUUCACUCACAAAACUACUGUAAAUGAAAAGUACAGGUCGGUCAGGAACAUUCAAGCCGUCAAAAAAUACUACAUGGAAUAUUCGAGCAUUAAAAAAUAGCUUGGAGUUGCAAAAGGAUUCGCCGGCAUGCACAAUGAAUGCAUCAAGAUUAAACAUGAACGUUUCAUUCAAACCCAAUUAGAGAGGAAAAAAAAAUUAAAAAGGUAAACUUGAGCCUCGAGAGCUUGCAGAAAUGCAGAAAUGCAAGAAAAGGAAAUUUACAACAUUUUUCUCAUUUACAGUCCUGUGCAAAAGAUUUAAUUCUAAAACUGUAAAAUUUAAUGUCAUAAUAUCUGAUUCUACCUUCAUUAAAGGGGAAUUCCAUUAAUUCAUCGGAAUUUCUGCAUAAUUAAAUUUACUGUAAAAACUUUUUUUUUAUUUAGCCUAAAAAGAUAUCAAUUUAAUUGGGUUUGUCCAACUCAACUAAAUACCGUAUUCGCACUAUAAGGCACACUUAAAAUCCUUUAAUUUUCCCAAAAAUGGUCAGUGAGCCUUAUAAUCUGGUGUUUCUUAUGUAUGAAUUCUACCAGUCAGGUAUUAAGUAUCAGUAAAACCACUCCACUGAAGUACAGAGUUAUACAGUGAAGAGUUACAGUGAAGUUUCUCCAGCAUCGAGGCUGGAUCAGUAUUAGCAUUAGCUGCUAACCAUGCUAAGCGCUAGCUCUUUCGCCGUUCCAAAGCGAGUAUAUCGGACUGCAGUCUGUGUAUUUACCGUGUUGAAACAAGCUACAUCUGACAAAUCGCUAGCUGAUAGUGCCCUGACUUUCCAAAACACUCAGGGUUCCUCAGUUAGCUGCUAAUGCUAAUGCUGCUGCACCCAGCCUUAGUGGAAAUCUGGAAAUCUAAGCUUACUGUAAAUAAACCGAAGCACAUUACUCACCCAAAUAAACAGUUUUCAGGAGAGAAAUUUGUGUAGAUUAACAUCCAGCGCUCAUUUGACUUUAAAAGAUAAUUUUUUUUUUUUUAGAAUUAGUUUUGUUUACUUAGCUUAGCUUAGCUUUACAGGUCUCACCACCCAGCAGAGAGACCUGCUGAAUUAGAAGGAAAACAUGGCGACACCCCUGUUCCUUACUAGUAUAGCAAGGAAUAAGCAAUGUGCCUUAUAAUCCUUAUGUAUAAAAAUAUACAUGAAAUAAAACGUUUAUUGAUAGUGUCCCUUAUAGUGUGAAAAAUACGGUAUUUAUUUGAGUUGGAUAAACCCAUUUUAACUUGUUACAACAUAUUUUUUUUUAGGUCAAACAUACAAAUUACCCCCUCUUUAUACAGUGUGAUCACGACGUAAAAAAAUUCAGAGUAGUGAUUAGUAUACUGUGGUGGUGAAUGGAACAAGAUUUCUAUAGAUUAUAGUGCCUCUAAAAGCUGCCUCAUAUUGUUUGAUCAUUGUUCUGAAAUAACUUGAAUCUGAAAUGUUGUCGGCAAAGAUUUUUUAACUUUUUAAAGAACAUUUACUUUGACUUUUAUUGUAUUGCAGACAGUAUGAACUCCAGAUAUUUCAUGUUUUAUCUUCUCAUCUUCAUUUAUUUUAUUAGUAUACAUACAUUCCUGCAUUAUAGGCCUGUAACAGUACAGAGUGCAUUUAUAGAGUUUAUAAGGUACAAUUUUUAUUGUUUAUUUUUCUUUUGUAAUUUAAUUUUUGCAGCCAAAUUUAAAGUAGAAUGUCACCAAAAAAACUGAAAUACUUUUGUAUAGAUGGACAAAAAAAAACGAUUUAAGUAGUAAUUAAUUACUCAAAAAUAAAACGGCACAGUAGUGCUUUUUUAUGCUUAGAACACACUUAAGAAAUGAAAAGAAGAAAAAAAAAGUCUCCUUUUUUAUUUUGAAAUUUAAAAUUUGCUUCAAAUACUGUGAGAAAUCAAAUUGUGAAUUUAAUCAUGAGCAGAGUGCAUUGUUACACCCCUAUAAACUAGAUAGUAUUUGUUUCAUCUGUUUCCAUUCUCUACCACUGUAAUACAAUCUGGUUUGGCAAGUUUCUCUCACUUACACUAGACCCUAAAUCUGAUCUGAAUUUAUUAACCACUUAAUUAUGCAGGAAUUCAAUAGACUUUACUAUAUCUGCAGUUAAAGUGGAUUGAAUAAUCAUUUAAAACCAUUUUAAACCAUCGCACAGUAUAAGUAUCCCAUGUAAUCCAUUCAUACUCUCACUUUAUCUAUCUCUCUGUAAUACUUCUUUAAUAUAAUUUAUAAUUUAUCUUUUAUAUACAGCUUUGUUUAAGCAUGUUCUCAACGAACCAUCUACUGACUGGGCUUCGCAUCCUUCUAGUAUUGGGGAUAUCUUGGUUUAAUACAGAGUUUAAGAUGAAAUAAUUUAAAAUUAUAACAGUUCCAUGCUUCUCUAUAACUUUAGCUUUUUUAAGUACCAAAGUGGGUGGUCCACUUCAGUUGGACCAUUGAAACCAGCACUGAAUCAUCUUAUUCAAUAUCUUAUUGGUAGUAAAAAACAAACAAACCCAGAUUCACACAUGCACAAAAUAGGAAUAGGAAAAAAAACAGUCCUUAAAUUAAAGUAGUCCACAGUGUGAUGUGAUUUAUAUUUGAUUUAGUGCAGAAUAGAGAACCACU